GGAUGAACCCUCACGCCUCUCUCUCUCUCUCUCUCUCUCUAUAUAUAUAUAUAUUAUAUAUAUAUACGCAUGUAUCUGUUGUAUAUACAUAUAUAUGUUCAUGUGUACCGAUCGAAUAAAGGAGAGGGAGACUCAUAGACGGAACUGAUCAUCAGGAAUCCAAUUGCAGAAGAGGAAGAAACUUACGGGAAAAUCUCACUACUUGACACAGCAGACGAGGGUUUUCCCCAAACCUUCUUCAUCAUCAUAAUCAGCAUCAUCAUCAUUAUCCUUUUAUAGAGGGCGAGAGAAGGAGAGAGUUUUGGAUUAGUGAGCGCGUUUGGUUCGUAGAAGAGGGAGGGUUUUGAAUUUGGUUAGCGGAGAUGCUGGCCUUGCGGGCUGAGGGCGGUGGACGCAGUUACGAUCACUCAGACCAGAAGCAGCAGCAGCACAAGUAUUAUGGGCUGCUGAAUUCUGAGUCGUCUUCUUCUUCUUCUUCUUCUGCUGCCUCCCAACUCAAGCCGUUGGUUAAGAAUUUUAAUAAGUCGGAGUCCGCUCCUGAUUAUUCUCAAGAAGAAGAUGUGCAUUUGGGGGUUGCACAUCAGAUGUACAAGGCUGGAAAUUAUAAGCAAGCUCUGGAGCACUGCAAUGCUGUUUAUGAGAGCAACCCGCUGCGAACUGAUAAUCUUCUUCUUCUGGGUGCAAUAUAUUAUCAGCUACGUGAUUUCGAAAUGUGCAUUGCUAAAAAUGAGGAAGCACUUAGAAUUGAGCCACACUUUGCAGAGUGCUAUGGAAACAUGGCGAAUGCUUGGAAGGAAAAAGGCGAUAUUGAUCUUGCAAUACGCUACUAUUUGAUUGCCAUUGAGCUUCGACCAAAUUUUGGUGAUGCCUGGUCCAACUUAGCCAGUGCAUACAUGCGGAAAGGAAGACUUACUGAGGCAUCCCAAUGUUGUCGUCAGGCGCUUGCAUUGAAUCCUCUUUUGGUUGAUGCUCAUAGCAACCUUGGAAACUUGAUGAAAGCACAAGGAUUGGUACAAGAAGCAUACAGUUGCUAUGUUGAGGCUCUACGAAUACAACCAACAUUUGCCGUUGCAUGGUCAAAUCUUGCGGGUCUUUUCAUGGAUUUAGGUGAUCUUAGCAGAGCUGUUCAAUAUUAUAAGGAAGCAAUAAAACUUAAACCGACAUUUCCUGAUGCCUAUCUAAACCUUGGAAAUGUUUAUAAGGCUUUGGGAAUGCCUCAAGAAGCUAUUUUGUGCUACCAACGUGCUCUCCUGAUGCGGCCAGACUAUUCUAUGGCUUUUGGUAAUUUGGCAAGUAUUUUCUAUGAGCGAGGUCAGCUGGAUUUGGCAAUCUUUCACUAUAAGCGAGCCAUUGCAUGUGAUUCUGGAUCUCUGGAGGCUUAUAAUAAUUUGGGAAAUGCACUGAAAGAUGUAGGCAGAGUGGAUGAAGCCAUCCAAUGCUAUCAUCAAUGCCUUUCAUUACAGCCUAGUCACCCUCAGGCACUGACCACCCUUGGGAACAUAUACAUGGAAUGGAAUAUGAUGGCUGCUGCUGCUACAUAUUACAAGGCGGUAUUGGCCGUGACUACAGGCUUAUCUGCUCCUUUCAAUAAUCUUGCAAUAAUUUAUAAACAGCAGGGGAACUAUGUGGAUGCUAUAUCUUGCUACAAUGAAGUGCUCCAGAUUGAUCCACUGGCAGCAGAUGGACUUGUCAAUAGGGGCAACACAUACAAGGAGAUUGGUAGAGUAAGUGAAGCAAUUCAGGACUACAUACGUGCAAUUACCAUCCGACCGACUAUGCCUGAAGCACAUGCCAAUCUUGCUUCAGCUUACAAAGAUAGUGGACUCGUGGAAGAAGCAAUAAAAUGCUAUAGACAGGCAUUGGUUUUACGCUCUGACUUUCCUGAAGCAACGUGCAACCUUCUGCACACAUUACAGUGUGUUUGCAGUUGGGAGGAUCGAGAAAAAAUGUUCACUGAAGUUGAAGGGAUUAUCAAGAGGCAGAUUAAGAUGUCAGUUCUUCCUAGCGUGCAACCCUUUCAUGCAAUUGCAUAUCCACUUGAUCCAUUGCUUGCCCUUGAGAUUAGUUGUAAAUAUGCAGCACAGUGCUCCUUAAUUGCUUCACGAUACGUGCUUCCCCCCUUUUCUCAUCCCUCUCCAAUACCAAUUAAUAGUGGAGGAAAUUAUAGACUGAGAGUUGGGUAUGUUAGCAGUGAUUUUGGUAAUCACCCACUGUCACAUCUUAUGGGCUCUGUAUUUGGCAUGCACAACAGAGAAAAUGUCCAGGUGUUCUGUUAUGCAUUGAGUCCAAAUGAUGGCACUGAGUGGAGGCUGCGAACACAAUCUGAAGCUGAGCACUUCAUAGAUGUCUCUGCCAUGUCAUCUGACAUGAUUGCUAAAUUGAUUAAUGAGCACAAAAUACAGAUCCUAGUCAAUCUUAAUGGCUAUACCAAGGGGGCCAGGAAUGAAGUAUUUGCCAUGCAGCCUGCGCCAAUUCAAGUUUCCUAUAUGGGUUUCCCAGGGACCACUGGGGCAUCUUACAUCGAUUACUUGGUUACGGAUGAGUUUGUUUCACCUUUGAAUUUCUCACACUACUACUCUGAGAAGCUUGUCCACCUACCCCAUUGCUAUUUUGUGAAUGACUAUAAACAGAAAAAUCUUGAUGUAUUGGAUACAAACUGCCAUCACAAGCGAUCAGAUUAUGGGUUGCCUGAAGAUAAAUUUAUAUUUGCAUGCUUCAACCAGUUGUACAAGAUGGAUCCAGAAAUCUUUAACACUUGGUGUAACAUACUCAAACGGGUGCCAAAUAGUGUGCUUUGGCUGCUUAGAUUCCCAGCUGCAGGCGAGAUGAGAGUGCGUGCAUAUGCUACUGCUAGGGGAGUGCAGCCUGAACGAAUUAUUUUCACAGAUGUUGCCAUGAAAAAAGAGCAUAUUAGACGAAGUGCUUUAGCAGAUCUAUUCCUUGACACGUAUAUUAACUUGUUCAUUUGCUUUGACUAUUUCUUUUUUGGCACUUUGGUCCUCCUUUUCUUUUAUUUUGGAACCUUGCUAUUUACCAGGCCUCUAUGCAAUGCACACACGACUGGUACAGAUAUUCUAUGGGCUGGUUUACCAAUGGUGACACUUCCCCUUGAGAAAAUGGCCACAAGGGUUGCUGGAUCACUUUGCUUUGCCACUGGAUUGGGGUCACACAUGGUUGUCAAUAGUAUGAGAGAAUAUGAAGAGUUGGCUGUAUCCUUGGCACUGGAUCGCCCCAAACUUAUGGCUCUCACAAAUAAACUCAAGGCUUGUCGUUUGAGUUGUCCUCUCUUCGACACCACACGCUGGGUGAGGAACCUGGAGAGAGCAUAUUUUAAGAUGUGGAAUCUUCAUUGCUCAGGCCGCCGACCAGAUCACUUCAAGGUUACUGAAAAUGAUUUGGACUUUCCUUAUGAUCGGUAGGAGGGGCAGCACAAGGGACUGUAGAUAAAAGCAAAACCUGUACACUGGUUUGUUUAAGAAACUGUUCGACUAUCACACUAUGCUUGUUCGAUGUGUUUGUUCACAUAUAUGAAUGCGAUGGGCUGAAUCUCCGGGCUUGAGCGAGCUAUAGCCAGUAGUAAAACCCGAAGGAUGUGAUGUCCUGCUUCAUAUAUAUCAACCUUCCUGCGAUGGUUUGUUUUCCCCGACAUCAUACUGGAAGUUUAUUUAUGUGCUUAAGUUAAGUAGGUUAGAAAAUUUUCUCCUUGCUGAGUUCUGGUGCUGCGGAUGUUCAGAGUUGGUGGUGGUGGGAUCAGGAUUAGUGUGAGUUAUGGAUUGAAGACAAUUGUUUUGUUCUCUCUUUCUGCUCAGGCUAUCAAUUUGGCAUUCCCCUUCCACCGGUGUAGCUAUCAUUGUUGCUAACGUUUACUUUUGUCAUUUGUAUGACAUGUUGGAGCUGGUUAACUUGUGUCCUUGUCAUUUAUAUGGCAUUACUGGUUGAACUCCUAUUUUUGUCAUUGAGGACCCACAAUUCUCAA